AUGGUGCCGCCACGACACCAUCCCGGGGCAGGAAGGCCAGGUGCGCUGAGUUCUUCACCUCCGUUUAGACUCAGAUCUGCUAAGUUUUCAGGCAUUGUUCUUCAAGAUCUCAGAAAGGCCUUUAAAAUAAGACUGCAAAUGGUGUGUGUGUUUAUCAUGAACCGAAUGAAUUCCCAGAGCAGUGGUUUCACUCAGCGGAAGCGAAUGGCUCUUGGGAUUGUUAUUCUCCUACUUGUUGAUGUGAUAUGGGUUGCAUCCUCAGAACUUACUUCGUAUGUUUUUACUCAGUACAACAAACCAUUCUUCAGCACCUUUGCAAAAACGUCUAUGUUUGUUCUGUACCUUUUGGGCUUUAUAGUUUGGAAGCCAUGGAGACAACAGUGUACAAGAGGAUUUCGAGGAAAGCAUGCUACUUUUUUUGCAGAUGCUGAAGGGUACUUUGCUGCUUGCACAACAGAUACAACUAUGAAUAGUUCUUUGAGUGAACCUCUGUAUGUUCCUGUGAAAUUUCAUGAUCUUCCAAGUGAAAAACCUGAGAACACAAACAUUGAUACUGAAAAAAUUCCCAAAAAGUCUCGUGUAAGAUUUAGUAAUAUUAUGGAGAUUCGACAACUUCCAUCAAGCCAUGCAUUGGAAGCUAAGUUGUCUCGAAUGUCAUAUCCUACUGUGAAAGAACAAGAAUCCUUACUCAAAACUGUGGGGAAACUUACAGCAACUCAAGUAGCAAAAAUUAGCUUUUUUUUUUGCUUUGUGUGGUUUUUGGCAAAUUUGUCAUAUCAAGAAGCACUUUCAGACACACAAGUUGCUAUAGUUAAUAUUUUGUCCUCAACUUCUGGACUUUUUACCUUAAUCCUUGCUGCAAUGUUUCCAAGUAACAGUGGCGAUAGAUUCACUCUUUCUAAACUUCUAGCUGUAAUCUUAAGCAUUGGAGGUGUUGUGCUGGUAAAUCUGUCAGGAUCUGAAAAAUCUCCUGGAAGAAACACAAUAGGUUCCAUUUGGUCUCUUGUUGGAGCCAUGCUCUAUGCUGUUUAUAUUGUUAUGAUUAAGAGAAAAGUAGACAGAGAAGAUAAGUUGGAUAUUCCAAUGUUCUUUGGUUUUGUAGGUCUCUUUAAUCUGCUGCUCUUAUGGCCAGGUUUCUUUUUACUACAUUAUACUGGAUUUGAGGACUUUGAGUUCCCCAAUAAAGUAGUGUUAAUGUGCAUUGUCAUUAAUGGCCUUAUUGGAACAGUGCUCUCAGAGUUCCUGUGGUUGUGGGGCUGCUUUCUUACCUCAUCAUUGAUAGGCACACUUGCACUAAGCCUUACAAUACCUCUAUCCAUAAUAGCUGACAUGUGUAUGCAAAAGGUGCAGUUUUCUUGGUUAUUUUUUGCAGGCGCUAUUCCUGUAUUUUUUUCAUUUUUUAUUGCAACUCUCCUGUGCCAUUACAAUAAUUGGGAUCCUGUGAUGGUGGGAAUCAGAAGAAUUUUUGCCUUCAUAUGCAGAAAACAUCGAAUUCAGAAGGUUCCAGAAGACAGUGAACAGUGUGAGAGUCUCAUUCCUAUGCAUGGUGUUUCUCAGGAGGAUGGAGCUAGUUAG